CGCGGGCAAAGGGCGGCGACCCCUCGUGGACGUACGGACGGCCGGGUCCCGCCGGCCCGGGCCCGAGGACUUGCCCUCUCGCGCACCCGGGGUGCCCUCCCAGUGCCCUCCAGCGCGCCGGCGGGACCAUGAAGAAGUUCUCUCGGAUGCCCAAGUCGGAGGGCAGCGGCGGCGGGGCGGUGGCUGGCGGGGCCGUGGGCGCGGGGCUAGGCGGCAGCUUCGGAGGUUCGUCCCUGGGGGUCCGAGUGUUCGCCGUCGGCCGCUACCAGGUGACCCUGGAGGAGUCGCUGGCUGAAGGUGGAUUCUCCACGGUUUUCCUGGUGCGGACUCAUGGUGGAAUCCGAUGUGCACUGAAGCGAAUGUAUGUUAAUAACAUGCCUGACCUCAACAUUUGUAAAAGGGAAAUUACAAUUAUGAAAGAACUAUCUGGUCAUAAAAAUAUUGUUGGUUAUUUGGACUGUGCUGUCAAUUCCAUUAGUGAUAAUGUGUGGGAAGUGCUUAUCUUAAUGGAGUACUGUCGAGCUGGGCAGGUGGUGAAUCAGAUGAACAAGAAGCUGCAGACAGGGUUUACUGAAUCCGAAGUGUUACAAAUCUUCUGUGAUACCUGUGAAGCUGUCGCAAGGUUGCAUCAGUGUAAGACCCCCAUAAUUCACCGAGAUCUGAAGGUAGAAAAUAUUUUGUUAAAUGACACCGGAAAUUAUGUACUCUGUGACUUUGGCAGUGCCACUAAUAAAUUUCUUAAUCCUCAAAAAGAUGGAGUUAAUGUAGUAGAAGAAGAAAUUAAAAAAUAUACGACUCUGUCAUACAGAGCUCCUGAAAUGAUCAACCUUUAUGGAGGGAAGCCCAUCACCACCAAGGCUGAUAUCUGGGCCCUGGGAUGUUUACUGUACAAACUUUGUUUCUUCACUCUUCCUUUUGGUGAGAGUCAGGUUGCCAUCUGUGAUAGCAGCUUUACCAUCCCAGAUAAUUCUCGGUACUCCCAUAAUAUACAUUGCUUAAUCAGGUACAUGCUUGAGCCAGAUCCAGAGUGCAGACCUGAUAUUUUUCAAGUGUCCUAUUUUGCAUUUAAAUUUGCCAAAAAGGAUUGUCCAGUCUCCAACAUCAAUAAUUCCCCUCUUCCUUCAGCUCUUCCUGAACCGAUGACAGCGAGUGAAGCAGCUGCCAGGAAAAGCCACAUGAAGGCCAGAAUAACAGACACCAUUGGACCAACAGAAACCUCAAUUGCACCAAGGCAAAGACCAAAGGCCAACUCCACUACCACCACUCCCAGUAUGCUGACCAUUCAAAGUUCAGCAACACCUGUUAAAGUCCCUGUUCCUAUUGAAUUCAGUAACCACAGACCAAAAGGACCCCUGAGACCUGAAAAUAGCCCUGAAAUGUUGCUGAGUCAGGCGCCCCUUCAGCAUCCACCACAGCAGCAUCGAGUACUCCAGCAAUUGCAGCAGGGAGACUGGAGAUUGCAGCAGCUUCAUUUGCAGCAUCGUCCGCAGCAGCAGCAGCAAUUGCUUCAAGAUGCUUAUUUGCAGCAGUAUCAGCAUGCAGUACAGCAGCAGCAGGUACUUCAGCAGCAAUUUCUAAUGCAUUCAGUCUGUCAACCACAACUUCAUGCAUCACAGUAUCCUCCAAUGAUGCAGCAUUAUCAGCAGGCUUUCCCGCAACAGCAGAUGCUAGCUCAACAUCAGCAGCCUCAACAGCAGGCAUCUCCUGAGUAUCUUACCUCUCCGCAAGAGUGCUCGCCAGCCUUAGUUUCCUAUGCUUCAUCACUUCCAGCUCAGGUUGGAACCAUAGUGGACUCCUCUAAUAGUGCCAGUAGGUCAGUUGCUGAGAAAGAGGCAGUUGCAAAUUUUACACAUCAGAAGAACAUCAGUCACCCACCUGAUAUGUCAGGGUGGAAUCCUUUUGGAGAAGAUAAUUUUUCCAAGUUAACGGAAGAAGAACUGUUGGACAGAGAAUUUGACCUUCUAAGAUCAAACAGGCUCGAGGAGAGAGCAUCCUCAGAUAAGAAUAUAGACCCACUCUCUGCUCCACAUUACCAUCCUCCAGAGGAUCCUUUUGGUUCUGUUCCUUUCAUUUCUCACUCAGGUUCUCCUGAAAAGAAAGUUGAGCAUUCUACAAAUAAAAAGAACAGUACUUCAAACCCUACCAAAAAUGGAAAAGUUGGUCCCAUAUGUAAAGAUCAGCAGACUGCAAAGAAAACCUCAGAGAAUCCAUCAGUACGGGCACAAAUACAGAAGGGGAAUGAUGAUUCUGAAAGUGAUUUUGAGUCCGAUCCCCCUUCUCCUAAGAGCAGCGAAGAAGAGGAGCAAGAGGAUGAAGAGGUUCAGGGAGAACAAGGAGACUUUAAUGAUGACGACACUGAGCCAGAAAACCUGGGUCACAGGCCUCUCCUCAUGGAUUCUGAAGAUGAGGAAGAGGAGGAGAAACAUAGCUCUGAUUCUGAGUAUGAACAGGUUAAAGCAAAGUAUAGUGACAUGAACCCUGUGUACAGAGGUACAUCUGGUGGUGGGCAGAGCCCAGACCCUAACAUAGCACUCCUCCCCCCAGCCCUCUCACCCUCUGAGGCAGAGACGCCCCAUCAGGAGUUUGAUGUGUUUGGUGCUGUUCCCUUCUUUGCAGUGCACACUCAACAGCCCCAGCAUGGUGAAAAUGAGAAGAAUCUCUCCCAGCAGACAUUUCCAGAGCAAGAAGAGUUCGAUGUGUUCUCAAAGGCACCCUUCAGCAAGAAAGUGAACGUACAGGACUGCUCUGCAACACGGCCUGAGGCACUUAAUCUACCCAGCCAGCCCAAAAGUGUAGACAUAUUUGGCUUCACACCCUUUCAGCCCUUUUCCACAUCAACAAGUAAAAGUGAAAGCAAGGAGGACCUUUUUGGGCUUGUGCCCUUUGAAGAAAUAACUGGGAGUCAGCAGCAGAAAGUCAAACAGCGUAGCUUGCAGAAACUGUCCUCUCGGCAGAGACGCACAAAGCAGGACAUGUCCAAAAGCAACGGGAAGCGCCAUCACGGCACCCCAACCAGCACAAAGAAGACUCUGAAGCCUCCCUACCGCACCCCUGAGAGACCUCGCAGGCACAAGAAGGUGGGCCGCCGAGACUCGCAAAGCAGCAAUGAGUUUUUAACCAUCUCAGACUCCAAGGAGAACAUCAGCGUUGCACUGAAUGAUGGCAAAGACAGGAGCAAUGUUCUGCAACCUGAGGAGGGUCUGUUGGACCCCUUUGGUGCCAAGCCUUUCCAUCCUCCAGACCUUCCAUGGCACCAGUCCCAUCAGGGCCUGAGCGACAUCUGUGUUGAUCACAAUACCAUCUUGCCUGGAUGGCCAAGACAGAAUUCAUUACAUGGGUCAUUCCAUAGUGCAGAUGCGUUGAAAAUGGAUGACUUUGGUGCUGUGCCCUUUACAGAACUUGUGGUACAAAGCAUCCCGCCACAUCAGUCCCAACAGUCCCAGCCAGUUGAAUUAGACCCAUUCGGUGCUGCUCCAUUUCCUUCUAAACAGUAGAUACAGACGGCUCUUGGAAUUAACUCCUGUUUCAAAAAAGUAUGAAUAGUUUUAUGAAUUUGAAAGAAAAUUUAUUUGUAUAGUUGUUUGUAUCAUUCAUUCUUACAGGUUAAUCAGGAUAGCUGAUUUUAAAGUAAACCAAAUAGAAGAAGGAAAUCUCUCUACAGGUAGCUAGUUAAUGCAUCUUUCAAACAGGAGGGAGCUAAUCUGAAAGCUCUGAGGCCUUCUCUGGUAUAGUGGCACAAGAGAUGCAGGCGUGGUACUGGGAGGGAAAGCACAGGGAACCGUGCAAGUGUGCAGCCAACCAGGAGGGACAGGAAAGAGGGGCCGCUUUUCAUAUCAGAACGUCACUUAUGUGCACAUCCCAGAUCCAGCCUUCAAACCAGGCUGACUUGUACAUGCAGGUUGUGUUUAUGAAUGCUCAGAAAGGUCUUUUCUCUUUUCCACCCAGAAGAAAAGUUGAGCUCUCUGGAAGAAUCAGCACAGUAUCUGCAGAGUGCAGACCAGUUCAUACACCUUUCUCUACAAAGCAGAGCCAGAAGUAACUAUUGUGCCUACAACUCUGCUGCAUUCUUCAAAACAAGUGCCAUUAAUAUGGAAUAUCUAAUAAGUAUAUGAAAUAAUGUACAUAUUGACUCAGUUUAGCUCUUCUGUAGUGCAUACAUCAAACCAUGUAGGUAGGUGAUAAAAAUAUGAUUUUUAAUCUGUCAAAAAAUAAAUUUUUAAAAAUAUGGAAUGCUUAAUAGAAGCCUACAGCAAAAAUAUAAAGAGCGAUAUCUGGCAUUUGAAAAAUGUAAAAGAAUGGUAUGUAAAAAAGAAAAAAGUGAAUACUUUAGAAAUACUCUAUAUUGUUUUUGAAUGGCUUCUUGCCAAAACCUUUUUCCAUCAUGUCCCCAGUGAAGCACAGUGAUAAAAAGUGGGGGGACAAGGGUUAUAUAGAAAUUUUAUUUCAGGAAAUAUGUAGCUGAAUCCUUAAAAAUUUAAUGUUUACAGUGGAAAAUCAUGUUGGAUUUAAUAAUGUUCCUUAUAAUUACCACCUUCACCAAAUAUUCCCCAAGUUAUGAGCACCAAUUAUUUUAGUUCGGGUGGGUGAAGUAGUUUUAAUAAAGUGCACAGAACAGUGACACUGAUAAAGCCUUACUGGUGGGACGCACACAUCCUGCUGCCAGGACCUCUGCACGAACAGCCAGACCACAGUGGGUAAGGAUUAGAUUGAGGGACUAGGGACUUAAUUCUGCUAGCUGUCUGCAUCUUUAGUGAAAAGAACCCAGCUACCAAAUUGCCUUUCUUUAUACCACCAAUCAUAAUCAGAAACUUGAAAUUUUACAGAAAUUGCUUUUAAUGAUAGCAAUUAUGUAUGAAUUAAUGUGAAUAUACUAUCUGUGCUUGUGUCUGUUUUGUUAUAACUGUCUGUCUCUAUCAGACUAACAUUUAGAAGUUUCUAGAAUUGUUAACAGCUAUUUACAAAAAGGGAUAAACUUUUAUCACUGGCAUUCUCCUUGAUUGCUCUAUUUUAAAUUAAGUAUCUUUACCCUCAAUUAAAGUGUGUCUUCUGGGUAAUCUUAUUAAAAUCUCUUACAGUGCCCAGUAGGAUAAAUUAUUUGCCUAUUUCCACAGUUCUGAACUUGGAAUGAAGCAAAGUAUAUGUAACUCAAUCACACAUUCAGCUCUUACUGCUGCCUUUUGUCUUCUGCAUGUUCAAAUCAGUUUGAAAAGUGGCUGGGAAACAGUAUAUGAAUCACAAUGUAGCAGAGGCAGUCAGGCAUUAUGUCUCUACCUAGAGCUGCAGCAUACCAAUCACUGUCCUUGUGCCAAAGGAAAAUACUGUUUGCACCUUUUUUUCUGAUUCUCAGGUUAAUUAACAUUGCUAAUACAAAUGUUCAAGUAGGUCUUUUUUAAACUACAAAAUAGAUUCAAGUGAAACUUUCUAUUAAGAGUUGAUUACACACAGUAAAUUUGUGAACUACACAGUAGGUUUUGUAUCAAACAGAAGAUGUUAUCAUUUAGAAGGGUAGUAGAUGAACUCAUGUGGUCUCCUGAGAUGUAAAUAUGAAAUUGUAGUUUUAUGUGUUCUUCAAUACACUGAAUUAAGUGAUUACUGAUGUAGACACUUUAACUUGUGCUGGAUAAAUUCUUCGAAAAGAACUCUGCAUAGCUUAAAAUGUUUACAUUGUUGUUUAUUGUAGCAGUCUGGUGACUUCCUCUUUUGAGACUAGCUCAGAGGAAAGAUUUAGUAUUUAACAAAGAUCCAGUGGGACAGUUUUUUUGUGUUGACGUCAGAGGCAUUUUCUCAAGGUGUAGAGAUUCGGACUUCCAUAUUCAGUCUUCCCACCUACCACUGUCACUCCAUACAGCUGAUGCUAGGGUCAAAUUCCUUUAUGAGAAUUAAACUCCCAAGGCAUGUAAAAGCAUUUAGCCAGUAUCCAGCACGAGUGGCUCUAUUAUGGGAUGGCCCAGUUCUGGUUUAAGGAAUGUCAAUUGGGUGUGCCCUGUGCUUCUAAGUAAGCAAAGUAGUCAUAACUCUAAACCUGUUAUACUUGAACAUCACUAAGGGAAGUAACAUUAAGAACCUAGUAAGAAUCUACGGCCAAAGUUGUUUCCUAGCAGCUUUAAUAUUGCUUGUUAACUUUGAAUCAUGUGUUAAAAAGUGGACCAUCUGUUUAACUUUCAUUACUUCACUAAAAUGUUAGUACUGGGAAAUACCAGCUUUUGUAGUAAAAAAAAAAAAAAUGUAUCUGCUAAGAUGUAAAAAUUGCUCAGUAUAUACAGUUGGAGGAGAAAAAGUUUGUCAUAAGCUGGAUGAAAAUGUAACUGACUAGAACUGUAAGCCCCUCACCCUGUAUGUGUGCACUUGGGUACAGUUAGUGAAAAACGUGGAUUCAGAGCAAUGCACCUUUCAGUCCUACCCUGUUUCCUGUUUAACAGGACCGACUAUUAUGUCCAUCUUGCUGGUGGAAUACAGAGGUGGAGUCCGCUCUUCUGUGCUGGCAUUCACCAAGCAGACUGGUCUGAAGGCUCAGCCACUUGCUGGGUUUAUCUUAGGUUUUGGUACUUCACAUAAGCACUGUUAGAAGGUACAAGUGUAUUAGUGUCACUAGUUCUGAAGAGUUUGGGUACAUUUGUUCUAAUAUAUACAGAAUGUGUAGUGAACUUUUUCUUUUUUAGCAGAACUAGUCUCAUCAAUUUAGGUCCAAUUAUUGACAGUCUACUGUGAGAAGGAGAUGACAUAUCUACUGUGAGAAUAGCAAAUGAUUGUUUGAAGACUUUCAUACUCAGUGGUGUUUUUAUUAAGACACAUACAUGCAUGUAUAUCACAUCUCUACUAUGGAGUUAAUGUGAAUUUUUAAAAAAUGGCAAUCAUGUUUUUUUAAAAAAAGAACAUUCACUACUAGUGAGGGUUUACAGAAGCCACUAAAAGAAGGAAGGAGAUGAAAAUACAAAGGGUCAUCAUUUUAGUUUUUUUUAAUUUUCAGAAUUGUGUUAUUACUAUGCUCUUUUGUUUUUGAAAAGUUUCAUUUAAUAGAAGUAGAAGCAACUUGUUUUUUUCUUUUGUGGUGCUGGGGAUUGAACUGGGGCCUUGCACAUGCUAGGCAAGUGCUCUACCACUGAGCUACACCUCCAGCAUGGAAGCUACUUUUUAAUUGCUGGCCAACAGCUUUAAGUGCACUUUCUUUGAUUACACUUCCAGUUUUGUUAAACUUGAAUUUUCUGAAGCCUUUUAUGUACCACUAGCAAAUAACUUUAACCUUUAAACAAACAGGACUUACAUCUUUUAGUUUUGUUCUAAUUGUUUUAAAUAAACUUGCUAAAGUAACUUAAGUCCUCAGAGAUAGUUGGGAAACUGUUAUGAAAUAGAAUUCAGUUGCUCUUCACCUCGAUACCUAAUUAAGCACUAAUUUUAUUACUUUAUUGCCUUUACAAUGCUUAUUCUUGAAUUCUAUCCUUGAUUGACUAUUGUGUUUGAAAUUUAAAGUUAUUUUCUUACUGUAUUUAUCAUACCUACUGUUUUAAUAAUCUGCCUUCUUUAAAUGCAAUAAAUCCCAAAUGGGUUGCUUAUUCUUUAUAAU